AUGUUGUGCCUCGAUCGGGAGAGCUGCAGGCACACCCCACCCAAUUCCUGGCCGUUUGCUCCAGUAAAACUUUCAGUCGCAAAAUGUCGUCUGCCUACCGCUUCACUCGUCACCGAAUUUUCCAGCAACAACGGCAUUCCUGGACUUGUCGUCGCGCCUCACGAUCCUAAUCACGAGACAGUCAUCGAUCCGAGACUAUCGACAGCAGCAGCCAUGGCUGACGGGGUCGCCGACGACAGCGCGACUCAGAAGCGAAGCCACGCCGACUUUCAAGAUGACGCUUCAGAUUCCUCCGAUGACGACAUGGGCCCUCAGCUGCCCUCGGCCGAAGUGCCCAAGAAGAAGCGACGCGUUCUGCCCUACGAGAAGCUCUACGUGGCCGCCCUGCCCACCUCCGCGCGAUACUCUCGAUCUCUCAUGCACAAGGAGCAAGUCUCCUUUGUGACGUGGACGCCCCUCACCGAUUUUCUCAUCACCUCAUCCGUCGACGGCGUGGUCAAAUUUUGGAAAAAGAUUGCGCAGGGCAUCGAGUUUGUCAAGGAGUUUCGCGCGCACAAUGGCGAAAUCAAGGCUGUCGCGGUCAGCCAGGAUGGCCGCAGCUUUGCUACCGCGGGAGCGGACGAAACGAUCAAAAUAUUCGACGUCAUCACGUUUGAUCUGCUGUCCAUGAUCACGCUCAACUACGUGCCCAAGAGCGUCUGCUGGGUGCACAAAAAGGGUGCCUCGUUUCCGCUGCUGGCUGUGUCCCAAGAGGGCAAGCCGGUCGUUCAUGUGUACGACGGCAGGGGGGAGCAGGAGGAGCCGAUCCAUACCAUAAAGGGGCUGCAUCGAAACCCUGUCCAUCUGAUGGCCUUUAAUGACAAUUACGAUUGUGUCGUAUCUGCCGACGAGGGCGGCAUGAUCGAGUACUGGCAGCCGAGCGGCACUUACGACAAGCCCAAUGGAGUUUUUGAGUACAAGAGCUCGACGAACCUCUUUGACUUCAAAAAGGCCAAAUCUGUUCCCACGUGCAUCACAAUAUCCCCGCAGGGUAAAAAUUUUGUCGCCUUCUCGCUACCUGAUCGCAAGAUUCGCUUGUUCGAUUUUGCGUCCGCUAAGCUGCAUCGUACAUAUGAUGAGUCGCUGCAGGCAGUGGAAGAUUUGCAGCAAGCGGGGAGUGCGUCGCAGAAAAUGGAUCAAGUUGAGUUCGGGCGUCGCUUGGCUCAAGAGCGCGAGGUCGAGUCCCAGGCCAUGAGGUCAGCCUCAAAUGUGAUUUUUGACGAAUCAGGCCAUUUUCUCAUCUAUGGAUCCAUGUUGGGCAUCAAAGUCCUCAACACGUACACGAAUCAGGUGGUCAAAACCUAUGGGAAGGAUGACAGCCUGCGCGCCAUCAACUUGGCUGUCUACCAGGGUCAGCCGCAGAAGAAGGGUGUCACCUCCGUGGAGAUGGGCGCGUCGAGUAACCCCCUGCUGCAGGAAUCGGAAGCCCGUGACCCUGUUCUGGUCGCCACGGCGGCGGGCAAAGUCCGCUUCUAUCUCUUCACAAAUGACGAGGAAAUCUCCAAAUCGACGCGCGAUGUGCAGAAUGAAAAGCCUACGAUGCUGGGUCGCAAGAAGGAGGUCAAUGCUAAGAAAACAGAGACAGGGAGUGCUGCGGUGCUCCAUACUACUUAUGGUGACAUCCACAUACGCCUCUUUCCCGAUGCGGCACCGAAAACGGUCGAGAACUUCGUCACGCACGCAAAGCAGGGCUACUAUAACAAUACCAUAUUCCAUCGCGUCAUUCGAAAAUUUAUGAUCCAGUGCGGCGACCCGCUCGGCGACGGCACGGGCGGCGAGAGCAUCUGGGGUCGCGAAUUCGAGGACGAGUUCAGCAGCCUCAAGCACGACAAGCCGUACACUGUCAGCAUGGCCAAUGCUGGCCCCAACACCAAUGGCAGCCAGUUUUUUAUUACCACGGAAAAGACGCCAUGGCUUGACGGCAAGCAUACGAUCUUUGGUCGCGCGACACAAGGAUUCGACGUCAUCCAGAAGAUUGAGAAUGCCCGUACAUUCAAGGAGAAGCCAGAGGAAGACAUUAAGAUCCUCAACAUUGACAUUAUGUAA